AUGGCUACCGAGAUGGAGGUGCUGCGCGCCGAGGGCAACGCGUUCUUCAGCGCCAAGGACUUCCGCGCGGCGGUGGACAAGUACACACAGGGCCUGGACGCUGCGCCGCCCUCCUCUGACCUCUCUGGAGACGACCUGAAGGCCGUGGAGGCCCAGCGCGUUCUGCUGUGGAGCAACCGCGCCGCCUGCCUCCUGCAGCUCGAGGACUUCGCCGCCGCCGAGAAGGACUGCACGCUGGCGCUGGCCGUCGAGCCGGACAACACCAAGGCGCGCUACCGCCGCGCGCAGGCGCACAUGGGGCUGGGCAACAUGACGCAGGCCUUCAAGGACGUGCACCUGGUGCUGCAGCACGCGCCGAGCAACAAGGCGGCGGCCGCGCUGGCCCGCAAGAUCCAGGAGCGAGUGCGCGAGGACGUCCACGGCGUGCAGAAGGCGCUGGACGCCAUUGUGGCUGGAGUUCAUGGAGAGUCCGGACAGGCGGGCGUGAAGGAGGUGCUCAGUGAGCAAGAGAAGACGGUGGAGGCGCUGCAGUACCUCGAGAUGAAGAGCGUGACCGAACUGACGAGCUUGCCAGAGGAGAUCGCCAAGAGAGAGGGACUGGUGGUGCUCUGGAGAGCUGUGAGUAAGCUUGUGGAGCUGAGUGGGGCCGAGGAGGAGCACAAGACGGAGCUGCUGGACAUCUUGUCGCACGUGGCGUCGCUGCUGGCGAUUCUGUCCUCGGCGUCGAUGGAGCUAGCGGGCAGGACGUUUGAGACGAACAAUUCCGCGUUGGAUGGGCUGCUGGAGCUGCUGCACAAGCAGGUGGCGUUGGAGUAUGAGGCGAACGCGGCGGUGCAGAUGCCGAUUCGCGGACGGAAAGUCAUUAUUCGGUUGGCAGCUUUUAUCUUCAAGUAUCUGCUGAUCGCGGCCAAGUCGGACGACGAUGCGUGUGUUCGUCGCGUCCUCGGAGGAAUGCUGGAUGGACUGCGUAGUCGGGAGCGCGUGCUGCAGAUUGCAGCGCUUGAUGGUCUGCUCCACUUCAUCUCGGUACUGGGUGGCCAGGCGUCUCCGGUGGCGAACAAGGACGACAGCGCUGCUCAGCACCUGAAGGCGCGAUUCGCAGCGUUGGCGCAGGAGCUAGGUCUGUUUUCGCUGCUGCACACCACUGCAUCCAGUGCUCUGCCUGGGUUUGGUGCUACAGGCCCGGCGCCUGCUGAACCUCCUAGCUCUGAGUUGACUGCUGUACUGCUGAGCCGCCUUCCGCUGGUUUUCACCCAAUGUCUCGCGCAUUUCGAGGGCGACGAUACAAUGCUAAAGAAGAUGGUGCGGGAUUGGUGCGUGUCGCCUGUGCUGGCGGCGCGGCCUACGAACCGCACGCAGCUGGCUCAGGGUUCUGCUUCGUGUCUGCUGCUGUCGGCUUUGUUCCUCUCAAACGCAAAGCUUGCGUUGUGGGCUGUCCAGCAGACUGGAAAUGACGGCACGGCGUUCCUCACGCGACUUCACGAGUUUUUGAGUGCGUCGCGGACGUUUGAAGAUGCCAAGGCGCACACCCGUCAACUGCAGGAGAUCUGGGUCGACUGCGUGGCCAGCAUUUGCGGAGUGGAGCAUGGGCCUGCUUGCGUUCCGCCUACAUUGAGAGUUGAGAUCUACCGCAUGCUGCAGGCGUCUCUGGAUGAUGAAGAUGACUUGAUGCUCCGUGCCAGCGCCUUGAGUAUUCAGGUGAAGCUCGGUAUUGUCGAGAAGACGCUGGAGAUGCCGUCUGCAGAUGGACAGUUCCUCAUGGACAGCGUAUUCGAAGUGCUUGCAAGUGCGGAGACGGUGGAGAACAAACACAAGGAGGCGGAGAAAGCGAAGCAGAGUAAGGACAAAACCAAGUCGGUGCCCAGAUCGCAGUUGUUCUGGAGCGGUGUUUCCCCUAAGGAGCGCGGUAUCGAAGCAUUGUCGUAUCUGAUUACGUACACUCCCGUGAAGGACGCUUUCGUGAAGCACCCGGGAGCUGUGGCUAGUGUGUUUCGGGUGGAAUUCCCCAACAUCAAAGACUCCAGCUCUGGAGCGCAGUCGAGUGCAGGCUUCCGAUCGAAUGUAUACUACGGUAUCGGGUACAUUUUGCAUCACGUGCUAACGUCGGAGGCUGCUAUCAAGCGGAAGCAAAUGGAGGGAAUGGAGAUGACGGCAGAUCAGUACGAGGAGCUGCAGAAAGCGCUGAAACAGAAGUCUGUGCUGGAUGACGGUGACACUCCGGAACAUGUGCAGGCUCGUGUGACUCGACUAGCGGCGUCGCGUGACGUGUUGACUACGCUGGUGCAGCUCUUGAAGCUGUCCGCCACGAAGUCGGAAAACAUUAUGGAGAUGGCAACACUUAGCGCGUUGCACGCUGCAGAAGCACCCACGGUGCGAGGUAACCUUGUUCAGUGUGGUGUGUUCCAGGCACUGAUCCCGUUGGCCCUGCAUCACAUCGCCGUAGCCAAUAGCAAGGGCACGAAGGCGGGUGGGAAGCAGAUUCACGGCACGAAGAUCUCGAAUGCUGCCGGGCAGGCCAUGGCCAAGAUCCUGAUCAGUACCAACCCCAACUUGAUCCCGUCAUCCUCGCUUUUCUCGUCCAUUCGGCCGCUGCUGGACAUGUGCAAGGGCGACCAGCAGCUACUGCAGUUCGAGGCGCUCAUGGCUCUCACGAACAUCGCUAGUGUGUCGGAAGAAACAAAGGCGCGUAUCGUGGGCGAGCCACAGGGGCUGUCGACGCUGCAGUACUUGCAGUUCUCCGAGCACGAGCUUGUGCGUCGUGCGGCCACCGAGGCGAUCUGUAACCUGCUUCCGAACGACAAGGUGAUCGAGCAGGUUUUCAUGAACGAAGAGAAGGUGCGCUUGUGGAUCGCGUUCGCAUCGCUUGAGGAUGAGGCCGAGGACUUUGAGACGGCGCGGGCUGCAGGAGGUGCGCUGGCCAUGGUGUCCCAGGUCCCGCAGGUCAGCUGGGUGAUGAUGCGUCAGGGUGGACUCAAGGCCUUCACCGCAAUCAUCGAGCAAGGCUCCAACGUUGAAACACUGCACCGCGCGCUGUUCGCAAUGCAGAACAUGCUCGAGGCAAUUGCUGGUGCUGCGAAAGACGAGGAGAAGGCCGAGGAGCGGACCAAGUUCAUCGACGAGGUCAAGCACCACAGCUCAUUGCUGAAGCAGAAACUGUCCACCCACAGCAGCAACGCUCAGAUCAAGGACACCGCUCAGGCAUGUAUCGGAGCCUUAGAACAGGUGAUCCGCUAG